AUGUCAAUCCGAAGCUGUCUCAAAACCCUCAACACCGUCAAGAAACGUUCUCGACUCCCGCUCUUCCACCAAGGGCCCUAUCGAGAACUCCCGCCGUCCAUCGCCAGAACCUUCGACCCAUUCUAUUCUUCUCCGCCUUCCCCCGCCGCCGCUCUCUCCGAUCUCAGCCCUUCCAAACUGCUUCAGAUUCUCACCGACCCUGCCGUGAAGCCAUCGGAGGGCUAUCAGUUCUUCAAUUGGGUGCUCGAGAACCAGUCUUCGGUCUCCUUCAUCCCCGAUCUCCAGGUUCAUUUGACGCUCGUCUGCCGGCUGUUGAAGGUGAGAAAGUUCCCGGAGGCCGAGAAUCUCUUGAAAAGCUUGAUAAUUGAUCAAAAGGAUAGGUACCCAUUUCCUCUACUGUCUUCUACUGUGGAGAAUUGUGGUUCUUUGAAGCCCAGAGCAGUGGCAAAAUUGUUCAAUGUGAUGCUAAACGUGUAUUCCGAGAACGAGAAGUUUGAGCAAGUCCUGGAGGUCUUCGAUUACAUGAGGGGGAAUGGAGUGGAGAUUGAUGAGAGAACUUGUACUCUGCAUUUGGUUGUGCUCAAGAAGAAUCAGGAGAUGAAGUUGGUGUUGGAGUUCUUCCAUCGAAUGAUCAAAUCUGGUAUGGUGAUCUCUCCUUACUCGCUCGCAGUUGUUGUUGGUGGGUUGUGCGAGAAUGGAGAGAUGAGGAGGUGCAGAGAGUUUGUGGAGGAAAUGAUCGGUUGUGGGAUCAAACCCAACAUCGUUACUUUCAACAUAAUGCUGAAUGGCUGUUUGAAAAGGUGGAAUUUCGCACAGUUGGAGUUGAUCUUAGCACUGAUGAAGAAUCAGGAGACAUCUUGCGAUGAGAGAACGUAUAAAAUACUGAUUGAUGGCUAUGUAAGCUCCGGGAAGCUCGAAGAAGCUGAAAGGAUGGUCUUGGAGAUGCAUGAUAAAGGUUUUGGAGGAGAUAUCCACUUGUGGAACUUGGUUAUAACUCGGUACUGUAGACAAGGUCUAGUUGACAGAGCAGCUUUGCUGUUCGAUAAAAUGUACUUGAGAGAUGUUACUCCGACUGCUAAUACGUACUGCGCAUUGAUCAAUGCACUGUGUGGGGAAGAGAAGAUCGAUGCUGCCAUGGUGUAUGUGAGCAAGAUGGUGAAGGAUGGGAUUGAGCUAGACCAGGUCAUGCUCAACACGUUAACUGAUGGUCUUUGCAGGAUAGGAAUGGCAAAUGAGGCUUGUGAUUUGCUUGUUGGGAUGGAGGAGAGUGGAUUUGCUGUCGAUGUGCCUAUUUGUGGGGAGGUGGCUAGGCAGCUCUGUUUGUUGAGUCAGUUUGACAAGGCAAAGGUGCUGGUAGAUAUGGUGAGUAGAAUUGAAGCAGGCGAACAUUCUCUUGACAGAGACGAUGACGAGGAAUUUGGUGGCUGUGGUGGUCAAAUUGAUAAGGUUUUGGAACCAUGA